AUGCAUAGAGGACCUUCUUUUCCAAAACAUCAGCAGCAGUCUGACUAUCGUUCGGGCGGUGUCGGUUACCCUCCGUUUUCAACUAAUGCUCAAUCUUCCACACCCGCAUGGAGCCAUUCUGGGUUUAUGGCAGAGGAAAACGAACGAUUGACACAGGAGCUCACGGACAAAGUGACUGGCUUACGAAGCCUAUCGAUCCGUAUUGGUGAUGAGCUGCGCGAGCAACAUUCUUUACUUAGUGGAAUGGCCGGCGCAUUUAACCGAUCCGAAGGCUUAUUGCGUUCGACCAUGUCCCGUGUUCUUGGUCUGGGGAAGAAUAGUUCCAGUACAGCUCUGUAUUGCUAUCUUUUAUGUUUCGCGUCGUUGUCUACGUACUCGUCUACAGAAAAUGUCCAAUACGAUGACGAUUGGUCUUCGCGUUUUCGUAUAGCUAGACAAUGGGUCGUGCUUGCCGUGUUGAUUUCCAUUGUGGUCGGUGUCCUCUUUUACGAUGAAGGUCACCCUGAACGAAACAGUAAGCUGUCGGUACUGUUUCGAUACAACGGGACUCUGCUCCCGGACGAGAUUUUCCUGGUCCAUCUGGUCAUCCCGGAUGGGGACGUGCUCGUAAAACUGUCACCAGUCGCUGGUGAUCCGGAUCUUUUUGUGGCAGUGGGGAAGAAUCGCGAAAUACUGAUCAAUCGGUUAAGUGAACCCCAUCGUUCCCGUUGUACUCCUAAACAGUACAUUUAUCAGCUGAAUACCAUAUGGGAACAGUUGAUCAAUCCGCACGUACCGGAUGACGUGUACCAACUGUUCUCCUAUCAGUCCGCCUCUUUGGGCGUGGAAGAGCUCGUGGUGGGAGCGGCACAAUCAACAGACAGUCGCAGUGCCGGUCCGGUUCAGCCCAUCCUGAUCGCGGUUCGUCCCUAUCCGAAUACCGCCGAGACAUGUGAAUUUAUUCUCGAAGUGAGCAACUGGUAUCCGCGUUUGUUGUUGUUGUUGUUCUUUUAA